GAUGAUGAUGAUCCCGUCGUGGGUGUGGCAGCUUUGGCCUCCGAGGUGAGGCAUCCGAUGGGGCGUGGUUCGGUUGUCCUCGGCUAUAUAUAGGGAACCUGCCGCUUCGGUCGGCAGUGUAGUCGCUCUCAUCGCUGCAUCAUGAAGGUUCUCGUUGUUCUCGGUGUGAUUGCCGCGGCCUUGGCUGCUCCUACUCCUGAAGCAGAAGCAGAGCCUGGCAACGUCGUGGUAGCUCACCACGCAGCCGUUGCUCCACUCACCUACGGUGCUGCUACCCACCUUACCCACGGCUUGGCCUCCGCUGUCGCUCCCUUUGCCCACGCCGCCAUAGCCCCAGCUGCUGCUGCUGUCCAGUAUGCUGCUGCUGCCCCUGUUGCAGCUCAUGCCAUUGCCCCAGCUGCCGUUUCUUACGGUGCUGCCCAUUUUGCAGCUCCCGUUGCCCACGCCGUAGCCCCAGCUGCUGUCCAGUAUGCUGCUGCCCCUGCUGUAGCCCAUGCCGUUGCCCCAGCUGCCCUCUCUUAUGCCACUGCCCCAGUAGCUGUGACCCACUCCGUGGCCCACCCAGUGGCUCUCCCCCCAAAGGAGGUGCAGGUGCCCAUCACAACCCACCAAGUUGAGGUCCCCAUCCACCAGAAGGUCCACUACGGCACCCAGACCUACGUCGCUGGAGCCACCACCUCCAUCCACAAGCCCUCUCUGGCCGCCCCAGCCAUCGCCCCCCCAUCCACCCUCUUGGCCAAGACCCACAUCAACGCCCCCGAGGUCACCCUCAAGACCCAGGAGAUCCCAGUGGAGCGCCACACCCCCAACUUCGUCGAGACCCCAUACCACGCCGGCACCAUCGUCAAGUACACCCAGCCUGAGAUCAAGGAAGUCAAGGUGCCAACCCCCUACGCCCAGCCAGUAGCUGUGCCCCACCCAGUGCCAGUGGCUGCUCCUUAUGCCGUGCCCCAGCCCGUAGCUGUGCCCCAUGAGGUCCACUCCGUUGCCGUCCACCAGCCCGUGGCUUAUGCCCAUCAUGCCGCUGCCAUCCCCGCAGUCACCGUGGUCAAGGCUGACGACUAGAGCCCUUGAAGCCGGUUAUAUGUCGCAGAUAUUCAUGCCACUCGAGAGCCUCUUCUGAUGUAGAUUUUGUACGAUAUGCCUUUAUAUAUAAAGAUGUGAAUCAAUUUA